UGUCGCUGUGUUUUGAUCCGCUGUCUGUCUGUAGGUGGUGAAGCCUCGAUGGGGACACUUUUGUUUUUAUGCUAAUAUUUUCUUUCACAAACUGCGGCGCUUUUGUCAACGCUCAGGUUUAUAUUGGGGGGAAUGAUGACAGCAUUUAUCUGCGGUUGAGGAAGCUGCCGUGUUUCUGAAGAGCCUCUUGAGAUCGUCUAAGCCUCUGCCAUGAGUUGUUUGGAUGUUAUGUAUCAUCAGAGUUAUGGAGCUCAUCACUACUUGCCCGCGACAUCAGCAGCAGCGGCAGCAGCGGCUUACAAAGCGGCAUACUACCAUCAUCAUCAGCAGCAGCAGCAGCAGCAGCAGCAGCAGAAGAAGUUCAGUGCCUACAGCAGGAUGCAGGAUUCUGAGGAGUUUCCCUCUCACUGUGGUCAGAGUAAGCAACCUAGAGCGCUCAAGCCCCGUCCUGAGCCUGAGCUUUCACGAGAGGAGGAGCAGAACGUUGGGGAAGAGGAGCGCUGCAAGGAGACGCAGCCUGCCGAGGCCGAGUACUUGAGUGCCAGGUGUGUGGUGUUCACCUAUUUCCGUGGAGACAUCGGGGAUGUGGUUGAUGAACAUUUCUCACGUGCGUUGAGCCAGCCCAGCGCCUUCAGCAAUGACGCCAAGGCCGGCAGACUUCAAUCUGGAGGACCGUGGAAAGAAGGAAACUCCCACUCCGAGGGUCAGUGUGGCUCUUUACCGUCAUCCCUGUGGGGUAGCGGCUACCCAUCCCAAACCAGCCCGUGUGUCCCCUCCUCUCACCCUGACUUCCCCCACGCCGCUGCCUUCCACCCUGCAGACACUGGCAUUUGGAGCAGCCACAGCCUCGCUCAGACCGGCCUGCCCCCUCCUUCUGCUCUUACUGACUCUUGGCACUACGGCCUUGGAGCCCAGGGUGGAGCGGGAUACCCUCAUGUACAUGAAAUGUACCCUCAUAUGCACCCCCGUCACCCACAUCCGCAUUCCCACGCACACCACGUGCUCCAUCACGCCCACAGCCCCGCUCUGGACCCACGCUUCAGCCCCCUUCUGCUACCUGGUGUAAGAGCAUCUUGCAGCCCGACGUCAUGUACAGACGGAAUCAAAACAGAGCUGGAAGCGAGUAACAUCCCAGCCCCGAGCUGGCCCGCUUCUUUCCAUGGGUCAGUGGACAUCUAUCAUGACACAGCGCUGGAGCAAGACAAAGCAAAGGCCAGUGUUUGGUUCUGAGACAGAAAAGAUUCACUGGACUACAUGCCUGAGACUGGACCACUUCUGCAGCUGAGGCCCACAGCACUGCGUGUGGAUUCUUUCCUCACGAGACUUUCUUGGGAACUAUUCAGGGGAACAUCAGUCUCUAUCUGUGAGACAAGCACAAAAACAGCUUUAGGGAAAACGAGUGUUUUUGUAAAGCAUACCAUCCUGUCUCAGUUUGUGCCCGCUCAUGAACAGAGAUCCAGUUCAGGACGCUUCUGUAAAGAGCUCUGCCGUAAAGGACGCCAAAUGAGGCGUCUUUCUUCACACAAAGGAGGUUUUCUCGACACGGUUGAUGCUUUAGACCUGCGUUCGUGUACGUACCACGGGUUCUGUUGAAAGAACUGAUCGUAGUAGUACGGCAGGCGGAAAUGUUUGAAUGUCUGAGAAAAUCUUUAAUAUAUUUGUCUUGUGAGUUUACUGAUUGGUGUUUUCUGUUUGUAAUACGUGUUAUUAGAUCAUUUUGGAUGUCAAAUCGUCUUGCCUUAGAGGAAUACGUCAUUGCUAUACAUGAACUGCUAAGUUUUAUUGGCAAACACUCUGUUUUGUUUGAAUGGAUUUAUUAAAUCAUUAAUGUCUCUUUAAA